GGAAGUGCUUUAUUCACACUACCAACAUUACACUCGGCUAGUUGGCGGUCAGUGAUGGUCGAUACUGCGGAAUAGGUAACAAACUAGAUGGGUUUUCUGCGACAAAACAGUGUCGCCUGUUAAGGAAUCACAAUGCCAUUAAGCGCAGCCUGAGAUCAGAGAAGUAGACUAUGAAAACAAUUCACAAAUCUGUUGAUUGAUUUGUUUAAUCGCAGACCGAUUGUUAUGAUUUAAGUUAGCCUUUGCUAAACGCGACGUGAUUCUGUGUGAUUAAAGUUGAGCAACAGCGUUCAGAUAAUCGACCAGGUCAAUGUACCAAGAGCUCCGAACCGACUUUACAGCAGAUCAGCAGUGGGUGUUCGUGUUUAAUCGUCUGAUUUGUAAGGAUACAUGCAUAAAACUGACUACCUAGCCAGCUAAUACACCAAUCCAAGUACGUUAAAGAAGGAUCAGCUGGCACCAGACAUCGGUCGAUUGUACAGGAUCUGCUGUUAAACUCUAAAGUGAUUCUCAGACUGAGACAGCGGUGUAUCUUUAGCUGAAAUGGAUGACUUCAGCUCCAUCAGUCUGCUGUCUCUGGCUAUGUUAGUCGGCUGCUAUGUGGCUGGAACAAUUCCCCUGGCUGUCAACUUCUCUGAGGAGAAGCUGAAGUUGGUGACAGUGUUGGGAGCCGGGCUGUUGUGUGGCACUGCGCUGGCUGUCAUCAUUCCAGAGGGAGUUCAUGCACUCUAUGAGGAAAUGCUGGAAGGUCUGGCAUGCUUGAUAUGUCUUGUAUUUCAGGCUCCUGCUGCCUUUGGACUCGUCUCUUUCCUCAUGCAUGCGGGUUUAGAAAGAAACCGUAUCCGGAAACAUCUAUUAGUCUUUGCCUUGGCUGCCCCUGUUUUGGCCAUGCUCACCUACGUAGGACUCAGUCAGAGCAGUAAAGAGGCGCUAUCUGACGUCAACGCCACCGGCGUGGCCAUGCUGUUUUCCGCCGGCACCUUCCUGUACGUAGCCACGGUGCACGUCCUCCCGGAAGUGGGCGGCAUGGGCGGCCACAGCCACUCGCCCGGAGGCAGCGCAGGGAAGGGACUGAGCAAAGUGGAGGUUGGAGCUCUGGUUCUAGGCUGUCUGAUACCUCUGGUGCUGUCCAUCGGCCACCAGCACUAGUGUUUUUCACUUGAAGCAACACUGAAAAAGGUCUGAAAAGUGUAAACGGGACUUUGAACAGAAUUGGCCGCAGAUGUGGUUUGAAUCAUGCCUCUGUCGGUUUAUUCAAGUUGGCGGUUGGAGUGAACGCAGGAACAUUGCAGUCGGGAUCAAGAUUUGAGAAGCGCCUAUGGACUUCUGGAAUGGGCUGCCCUGUCCCUUCAUAAAGCCCUGUGGGCUGACAGCUUACGAUGACCAUACACAAAUAAAUGCAAUCAUGUGUCCACCUCUUAAUUUUAUGUUUUCUUCAGUGGUGCUGGUUUAAAAAGAUGUGGUUGUUGUUGGGUUGUCAUGUAUGCUUUAAAUUUGGUAUUUUAUUGGUUUUUAUAUGAAAUUUGUCCAUGAAUCUUUUAAAAGAUGAACCAACACAAUUGUGCCCAUUUACAAUGAUGAUAAAUGUUUAGAUACUUUACAAACAUUAAAUGUAUUGAGUUUAUUGUCCCUCUUUUUCUACAGUAUUGAUUAGUUGUUUUAAACUUUGAUCAAAUUUCACCUUGCCUAGCUAGUUAGCUAAAAUACUUUUCAUUAAGAACAUUUCCAUGUUUUAUUUGUUUUUACUCCCUUGAUAUGUGUAUAUAUAUAUAUAUAUUAUUAAAUGACACUUGAAAAAUGUGUUGUCCAAAGGCUUGCAGGUGGACAUUUUUCUGUUGAGUUCAGUGCAUGUACAGCUUUAUUAUUUGACUUACCAUUUUUUCAAACCUGACUGGUUGUUUAAUCCUGAAAAA